AUGAAAUAUCUUACACGAGAGAAUAUUACGGUACAUUUACCUGUAUACUUUGCUAUGUGGAUUAUUUUUCUGCCAGUGUUACCUUUGAUGGCGCCGCCAGGAAGAGAACUUACAACCUUGGUGUACGCAACUUUGGCUAAAAUUUUGUGUAUUCAGUUCGUGGCUGUUAAGGGAAAGGUGACACUUCCUGGAAUUAAAAUCUGGCCCCUAUACGGAGUAGUUGCAUAUCUCAUGCUGUUUGCUACGGCCCAGUUCUAUCACAGUAAAAAAGGCCUAUAUGCUUUAACUGGAAUCUAUAUUACAUCAAUGGUCGCCUUGAUGUUCUUCUCCUGUUACCGCGAGUCACAAAAUACCACUUCAUCAGAGGAUAGUGAAUUUAUCCCAACAAAUAAUGAUGAAAAGGUAGAGAUACCAGUAUAA